UUGAAGGUUCAAACAGACCGAGGGACAGUGCUGGUGUCUGCGGAGCUUUACGGCUGAAAGUAAGUUUAAAAACGAAAGAAAAUCAAAGUAAAACAGGGUCAGAGUGGGUCGGAAGUGUCCUGUGAUAAGUUUGAGUCCAGUUUCCGGACCAUGGUCCAGCACACGGAACGUGCCGGGGCGGAGAUCAACACCGACUCCCGCGAGGCGACGGACCCCGAGGAGAGCGAGCUGCUGGCGGCCUCGGCCUGCAGCCCGGUGCCGCUGAAGCCGGACUGGUGUAAAACGGCCUCGGGUCACAUCAAGCGGCCCAUGAACGCGUUCAUGGUGUGGUCCAAGAUCGAGAGGCGGAAGAUCAUGGAGCAGAGCCCGGACAUGCACAACGCGGAGAUCUCCAAGCGGCUCGGGAAGCGCUGGAAGAUGCUGAACGACUCCGAGAAGAUCCCGUUCAUCCGGGAGGCGGAGCGGCUCCGGCUCAAGCACAUGGCCGACUAUCCGGACUACAAGUACCGGCCCAAGAAGAAGCCCAAGACGGCGGAAGGGUGCGCGUUUCCUCCCGCGGGCAAGUCCUCCGCUCAGUCCCCGGAGAAGGCCAGGCCGGCUAAGAACUCCGGUUCCGCCAGGAAGAUGAAGCCCAGCAAGCCGGUGUCCGGGACCGGAAGGGCCGGCGGCCACCCCCCGCAGCACCGCGACCCCCGGUACCGGUUCGUGUUGACCAGCAGCUUUAAAAGACGGGACUUUACUGACGAUGAGGAGGAGGAGGAGGAUGAAGAUGAUGAAGACGACUCUGAGGAAGAGGAGGAGGAAGAUGAUUUCAAACUGGACCAUGUGGAAGAACCGUCCCGGUACUGCCGGACCAGCUCCACUGAGCCGGACCUGGAGCCCUCCGGCCGGCUCUUCUACAGCUUCAAGAACAUCACCCGGCAGGGGACCAGCGCCUCCCCCCGGUCCCCGGCGUCCUCCUCCCGCUCCGGCUCCACCUCGGACCUGGACGAUGGAGCCGACCUGGCCCUCAGCUUCCUGUCCGACCCGUGGACCUCCUCCUCAUCCAGCACCGCGGCGGGGAACCUGAGCCUGUCCCUGGUGGACAAGGACCUGGACUCGUGCGGCAGCGAGGGCAGCCUCGGGUCCCACUUCGACUUCCCGGACUACUGCACCCCGGAGCUCAGCGAGAUGAUCGCCGGGGACUGGCUGGAGGCCAACUUCUCAGACCUGGUCUUCACCUACUGAAGGCUGCGGUUCUCCUCAGUUGGUCCCGGGUCUGGAGGAGAUCCAUGGACCGGGGCGACGCUGCUGCUGCUGCCCGGGCUCAGCGCGCCGUGCGGCGGAUCGGCUGCUGGCCUGGACUCGGUCCUCCUGACGGAGGAACUAAAAAUGACACAAACAGGGUUUUUAUGGGUUUUCUUUUCAGUCUCUCGGGUCUGGACCAGAACCCGGACUAUGCAUUCCCUCUCAGACCAAACUGUGAUCCUUUCUGCUGCAGGUUCUAAUGUUUUUUAUUUUAUUUAAAAAUGUCACAUUUUAGAGGAUUUUCAGCUCCUUUUUAUCUAGAAAAACUCUCCAAACUGAACCCAGGGCAGGAAAACUUUUGAUAUUUACAUAAAACAAACAAACAUACCUCAAAUUUUUAACAAAAUCCAGAAUAUUUUCAAGCAUAUUUUUCUACACUGAAAGGGAAUGCCAGGCACUUCUUCCACUGUUACUCAGUUCUGCUGUGUGAGGGUUCAAAUCCGCCGUCCUGCCUUUAUGGAAGCAGAUCAGUCCCCAGAUGACGAGUUUUAAAUAUUCAAAUUUAAAUGCAGUGAAAAUGUGGAUUUUUUUGGUCUUU